GACGCGCGCGGCUGGCGGCAGCUGGGCCCUGGGGCGGCGGAGGUGGCGGCCUGAGCCUCGCGGAGCAGCUCAGCGUGGACCUCCCGCUCGGCGGGACUAGCGCAGCCCGCGCUUGCCGAGGCUUUGCCACUCGCCUCCAGCUCCCUCCGCGGGCUGUGGCCGCGCGAGCCUCCGAGCUCUCCCUCCCCGUCCGGCGGUCCUUCCUCCUCCCACUCAGCCCGGGCAGCCGGAGCGCGAGAGGACCGCCGCGGAGCAUCCUUCGCCGGCCCGGCCGCGCCACCGCCCAUGCCGCAGCCACUCGGAGGCUGCGACCGCGCGGCCGGAGCCCGCCGCUCGGUGACCUCAGCCUGGCCCCUGCGCGCCGCCCGAGUCGGCCCCGCUGAGCCCCCGGCCCCGGAGCGGGACCCGCGCCCCGCGAUGGCUCGGCUGGCGCUGCGCGGCGCCGGGUGCCCGCUGUCCGCCCGCUGAGACGCGCCCGGCUCGGGACCGGCUGGGCCUUGGCGCCCCCCGCCGCGCCCUUCCCCCUUCUGGGAGCUGAGCUGCUGCUUCCCGGGGGCGAGGGGACGGGGGCCGAGACAAAGCCCACUUUGUGCGGGGAGUUGGCCGCGGGCGUGGAAUGAGCGCGUCGGCGUGCGCCCCCUCCCCGCGCCCAGCCAGCUGUGAGUCUUGGCUCCCAGGCUCGUCGCGUCAGAGAAAUCGCGCCCCCUCGUCACCCUCUUGUCCGGGGGUCCCGGCUCCGAGCUGAUGCGGCGCGGAGUCCUCUCGGUACCCCCCGGAGCGCGCGCUGCUGUGAGCGUGCGAGAUUUUGGAGACGAAAUUGUUCUCCAAAACUACGACUUGGGGCACCCGGUUGGCCUGGACCCCGUGCCUUGACCCUCUGUGGCCGCAGGUGUGAGCUGUCUGGCCUCAGUUUCCCUCCGACUUUACUCUGCAAGCCCAGACUGCUGCCCGUCAUUGUUCUCGCUGUCAAAUGGGGGAGCUUUGUGAUGGCUGCCAAGUUGGGGUGUGUUCUCUUUAUCCCGUUUUACAAAAAGAACAAAGCCUCUAAGGCUGACCCCGGACCGCCACCUCUCUACCCCCUACUUCACGUUGAGGCACUGAUUUUUUUUUUCUUAUUGAGUAGUAUUUUAUUGUACAGGAGCCACGCCCUGGUUUCUUAAAGGCGCCUUGCACUCUGUUUGGCCAUGUGUUAUCUCUGCAGCUGGUGUGUGGGAGGCCUCCUGUGAGCCACCUAUUUUUUUCCUGCCUCCUGAUACAUACUCCUACCCCCAUCAAGGAUUCGGGGAUGCCAGGGGGGAAGAAGGUGGUCGGGGGUGGCAGCAGCGGUGCUGCCCCCACUGCCGCUGCAGCCCCCUCUGGGGUCAGACGCCUGGAGACAAGUGAAGGGGCCUCAGCCCAGAGAGAUGAUGAGCCAGAGGAGGAAGGGGAAGAGGACCUGCGAGACGGAGGCGUCCCCUUCUUUGUCAACCGGGGUGGGCUGCCUGUGGACGAGGCCACCUGGGAAAGGAUGUGGAAGCACGUGGCCAAGAUCCACCCCGAUGGAGAGAAGGUGGCCCAGCGGAUCCGAGGGGCCACAGACCUGCCCAAGCUGUCACCACCUUUAAAAGCUCAGUGGCCACUCAUCCCAGACCCAGCUGCUGAAGGUCUUCUGACUGUGGCUCUGGCCACGGAGCUCCUGCAGAAUGGGAAUUUGGACACCUCCUCCAAAAAGAUUCCCAUACCGAGUGUGCCUACGUUCCAGCCCUCCACGCCCGUCCCUGAGCGCCUGGAAGCUGUGCAGCGCUACAUCAGGGAGCUGCACAGGUACAAUCACACAGGGACACAGUUCUUUGAAAUUAAGAAGAGCAGACCUCUGACAGGGCUGAUGGACCUGGCCAAGGAGAUGACCAAAGAGGCUCUGCCAAUCAAAUGCCUGGAAGCCGUGAUCCUGGGAAUUUACCUCACCAACAGCAUGCCCACCCUGGAGCGCUUCCCCAUCAGCUUCAAGACCUACUUCUCAGGGAACUACUUCCGCCACAUCGUGCUGGGGGUGAACUUCGGCGGCCGCUACGGGGCGCUGGGCAUGAGCCGGCGCGAGGACCUGAUGUACAAGCCGCCGGCCUUCCGCACGCUCAGCGAGCUCGUGCUGGACUACGAGGCCGCCUACGGCCGCUGCUGGCACGUGCUCAAGAAGGUGAAGCUGGGCCAGUGCGUGUCCCACGACCCGCACAGCGUGGAGCAGAUCGAGUGGAAGCACUCCGUGCUGGACGUGGACAGGCUGGGCCGCGAGGACUUCCGCAAGGAGCUGGAGCGCCACGCCCGCGACAUGCGGCUCAAGAUUGGCAAAGGGACUGGCCCUCCCUCCCCCACCAAGGACCGGAAGAAGGACGUUUCCUCCCCACAGAGGGGCCAGUCCAGCCCCCACCGCAGGAACAGCCGCAGCGAAAGGCGGCCAUCGGGUGAGAAGAAGCCUUCUGAGCCCAAAGCCAUGCCGGACCUCAACGGGUACCAGAUUCGGGUGUGAGGCACGUGGCAGUGCCCAGCCUCACCACUUCUGGCUGGGAUCCAUCUGCCAGAACCAGCCUCAUUCGUGGGGAGGGAGGGGCUGGUGACCGGGCAGGGUGGGAGGCAGCAGGAAGAGGCUGUCCCAGCUCAGCCACCCAAGCUGCUGCUCCUCCCGCUGGGCCAAGCCCCCUAACUUUGGGCCAAGAAGCAGUUAGUAUUUUCUUUGGAGUUUUUAACCCAGUAACUGAAGUUUAAGGGAUUUGGGGAAAACAAAACUAAUGGAUCUGCCGGUGGCUGGAAGGCCAGUGCUUAGGACAUCUAAGUGCCACAAGGCUGAGCAAGGAGGGGGUUGCUGGCUCUGCUGGUAUCCCUCUGGGAUUUGAGUCCAUCUUACCUGUGGGAAAUUUCCCGGCCCCCUAAGCCUGUGGCAGGAUGGGGGUGGGGAAGGGGGAGGGACGGAGGUUUUCCUCCAGUUCUGUCUGCCCUGGCAGAAUCUUGAGCCAGGGAACGGGAAGCAGGGUAGAAAUCAUCCUGGGAAAGGUCUGUGUGGCCAAUAUCAGGAGCUUGGCACAAGGCCACAUCUGCCCCAAGGGCAGAGUCCAUGGCCCAGGACAGCUCUGUGCGCUUGUGGCCCAUGGACAGUGCUGUGUGGGCUGUAGGAGAGCCCAGGAGAGACCACUGGGGGAGGAAAUCCCAGGCCCAGCUCCUACCUAGUCUCCUUACUUAGCCCAGCUCUGCCUGUUGCUGAAGCCCGGGGGGCUCCCUGCAGAGGGGCUGAGCCUUGCCAAAGGCCCAGAGUUGCCCUGGGCUCAGCAUGACUGUAGGGACUGAGCAGACCCAGUGGGUCCAGGAAGCAUGGCUGGGGACAGAGUAAGACACUUGGGCCUGGGGCUAUCCCCUGGCAGUCCUGUCCCCAAGGGUGGGGGUGAGAGGCACUGCUACUCCCCCCUUUCUAUUACCUCAGUCCUUGCUGUGAAAACAAAGACCAGAUCAGGAUGCUUGUGCCUCAUGCCUGUCUCCCCUCAUUUAGCAACCUGUAUAGGUUUGGGGGUACCAGUGAUGAUCAGAUUUGUUGCAUGUGGCUUGUCAGGGAAGAAUCUGAAUAGCUGGAGACUACACAGUCUGCCUGGCAAGUGUGAGAUACCUGGCAGGCAAGUGAGAGGUGGAAGGAAGUUGGCAGGGUUGGGGGAAGGUUCUGGAGGCUCAAACAACAAGGAGGCGGUAGGGCAAGGGUGCGGCUGACACCACAGAGGAGUAGAGACUGAGAAAUGAGGAGCGUAAGUGAGAAAAGGAUGUGGGGGAGAGUUCAGAAUCGGGCUGCUUGGGGAAUAGUGAGUUCUCUGUUGCUGGAAGUAUCCAAGCAAAGUCCGGAUGGCUACUUGUCAGAAAGCUGUAGAGAGGGUUCAGGUUAUGGAAGGGGUAGCAGGAUGAGAGGACCAUCAAGGUUUCAUUUCACUGAAAUGGCUGGGGUUCAGCCAGGGGUUCAGCUGGGGUUCAGCCCUGGAAAAGGGAGGACCAGAACCUCAGAUGCCGACAGGGCCAGAAGGGGGAUUAAAAGGGCAGCAGGGCUGGGUGGCCACUGUGGCAAACAAGAGAGGGCAUAUCCCUUUCAAGCAGCAACUAUUGCUCAGCUAUUCUCAGAAUGUGGGCCCUGCAUUACCAGAUUGUCUGAUUUUUUUUCCAGAAGCCAGGACUCUGAAUUUUUUAUGUGAAAUAUCCUGAUUUUUAAAUGGCAAUCAGUUCAGAAAAUGUAAAAACCCAACAUGAAAGAGAAUGCCAGUUUGUAAUCUCUGAGGUAGAGUUUGCGCUGGGGAGAAGUCCAGUGAGAUGCUUUGAGGUGGAAAAUCAGAACAGUUCGAGGCUUCCCAGAGCAAGCUGGGCCAGGGCAGAGUCCUUGCCGCUGAAGCUUCUCCCGGGGAGGGCAACUGGCCCAGGUUUGUCCUCUUCACGCUCCUUGCCGACCAGAGACCCACCAGGGUCACCAGUCGGGGUGGAGUAGAGAUGGCAUAGUUCCCAGCCUGCCAGGGAGAUGGAUGGGGCUUGAGAAGCAGAGAAAGAGGGAGGGAGGGAGACAGGAUGCCUUUGCUGAUGCGAGUGCCGUCGGGGAAGCCCCAGGGGCUGGCAGCUCUCCACACCAGCAGCUUCUGGCCCAGAGCCAGGCCCAGCAGGAGGGCCAGCUGGGCAGUCCCUUGGGUUAUUCAGGGGUCACUGGGCCCUGGGGAGGGACCUAACCUGCCCCUGGACUGUAGUCCCCAGCCAGACCAAUUCAAGGGCCGUCAUGACCCCUGACUCACCAUCCCAUCCCAUCCCAUCCCUGUUUUUAGGGAGUGGGGUGGUGGUCCCCAUGUUUCCACAUCGACCUGAGGCAGGGAUGGCUCACUCUGGGAGGCGUGCAGCCGAAAAUGAAUGAGGCCUUUUCUAGGUCUAUGUGUGGGUGCCUCCUGCAAGCCACUUAGCAGCAGGGGAGGGACUCAGGACCUGUGGACCCCAGGGCUUGAGAGAAGAGAGGGGAGAGGGGAGAGGGGAUUAGGGUCAGGGAGAUGAGGGUGGGGGGGUGGGGAGUUGCUCAAUCCACAGGCUCCUUCCCCAGAGCCCUCUGGGGAGACAGAGUGAAAUGAGGCCCACCCCUGUUGCUGCCCGCAAGAGGGAGCUGAUCACCCUGAGCUGAUAACCCCCAGGAGCCCCCUUCCUCGCUGAGACCUUGGGCCUGUGGAGGCCACCACAGGAUACAGCGGUGCUUUUUAAUUUAUUUUUAACAUUUUCUCAUAUGUAGCAACCCCUCCUCCCCUCCUGAGCAUGUUUACACAGGCUCUGCUCCCUGGGGCUGGCCUGACUGCAGUUUCUGGGGAGGCAGAGGCAGGGACUUUGGGGCCUUAGUCACCAUCCUUGGUUUCACCUCAUCUCCUUCCUGUGAGGAAGAGGGGCCUGGCUCCUGACUCAGGACUGCCUUCCAUCACCCAGUGGGGGCUCCUCUGCCCCUAGGGGUGGGGGCUGCUGGCUGAGGAGGGCCCAAGGUGAGGUCAGAGAAAGCUGCUUAAUGAAGGUGGGUCGGGGUGGCGAUGACCGCUCCCCAAAGCCCGGCUCCUUGUGCUCAGUGCCAGCUCAGAACACUGGGAAACAGUGUUUAGAGCACCUUCCUGCCCACCUAGCUGCCAGUCCUCUCCCUCCCAUGGCCUCAACACAGUCAUGUUCCCCUCACCCAUCAUGCCAGACCCCAUCCUUCCUGGCUGUGGCCAAGUGGGGAGGGUAGCAGCCCCCCAGCCCAGGUACCAUGAAGCCUAGGGCCAGGGUUCCAAGGAGCAGCAGGGGCCCAGAGGUUGGCUGUGUCUGAUUUCUGACCCUGUCUGCCAGCACAUGCCCCAUUCCUUCCAUCUUGGACUUGACCUCCUGGCUCCGAGCUAGGGUCCAGUUCUGGUCAGCAGCGUGCCCAGAGGCCCAUGUAUCUGUGUGCACCCUGGGUCCCCUGCCUGAGUAGCUUUUUGGCUUUGAUGUAACAACAUCCCCAGGCCCACCCUCUGGCCUCGAAGUACGGGAAGGUGCAAAGCUGGGCUGGCACACUGACUGCAUUCUUUGUGCCAGAGCACCCUGUGCUGCUCCACUUGUUCCUGCUGAGAAACCAGCUGAAGGGUGGGAGGGCCUCUGGAGUGUGGGGCUGGAGGGGUCCUGCCCCAGGCCGCACAGGGCUGCUGUGGUGCUAGCUGCACGCUCAACAGUGUUGGCCUCCGUGCCACAUCCUGGUGUUCCUGGGUCCCAAGUUCCCCUUUCUCUGGUGUGCUUGGCCUCAGGGACCUGGUGAUGGGAGAUACCCCUCCCUUAAGCUUUGUGUUGGGCUGCCUGUGGGAACAGACUUUGUCCUUCCUGCUCUUCCCGCGUCAGUAUUGUUCUCUCCCCUCUCACUUUUACACCCCUCUCAUUGCUGUGCUCAAUUUUUUCCUGAAAUGAAUAAAGGCUCCCAGCUCCGGUUGCACGGGCUGGGCAGAAACCAC